AGUUUUUUUAUUUUCUUUGUGUUGUCUUAAUGUGAUAAAAGAGAAACAUUUUGUGACUGGACAAUAUCAAACCUAGCAACCUGGACUCGACACACCGGAUUUAAAAGCGGGAACUGGCCGUUGGAAGAAACGCCGAGAUGAAAGUGUACAACUUAUUAUUUUGACGUUGUAAUACUCAGAUAUUUUUUGUGUAUCAAAAACUGGAGGUUACCUGACGAGGACCGUAUGGGGUAAAAAUUAGAAGUGGAUUUCUCUUGUUCUCGGUCUAUGAGAAAAAAAUGAAACCGAACCGCAGCCAGAAUCAUCAUCAGAACCCUGGACCCAACUUUCAAGGAACGGGUAUAAACGUGAGCGAGAAGGCAUCAGUGAGCAAAGCAAAGCAAACCUCCAGUGUGUCAUCUUCAGCACAAGUCAAGCCAUUUGCUGGAAAAGUGUUUUACCUGGAUCUACAGUCCAACAGAACAGCUGAGACGUUGGAGAAGGACAUCAAACUACUGGGUGGGACUGUUGAGAAGUUCUUCAGUAAGCAAAUCAAGUAUCUGGUAUCCAACAAGCGGGAGGCAAAGCAUGUGCACUGCCUCAGACAGGACUCUCCUGUCCCCAGUCCCGACUCUGGACAGACUUCUCCACACCCAAACCCACACCGUCCUUCCAACCAUGUGGAUAAUGUCAAAAGCAGGUCUCAGGGUCAAGUGGAUACAUUGGUCAAGAGCCGAGGGAAGUCUCUGGUGGAAAGAGUAGUGACAGGGCAGGGGAGGGUACAAAUGGACAGAAUCCUCUCAAAUGCACUGGAGUGGGGUGCCAAAAUCCUCUAUUUACAUGAUGUUUUGCCUUAUAUUCAGAAGAAAAAGAAGAUUUUCAGGAACCAGAUUUUAGCAGCUGCGCCUGUGAAAUCACAGGCAAAAAAUGAAUCUUCAGCAAAGCUGGGUUGUCAGAAAUGGAAAGCGGGCAGGAUCCCCAAAACUUUUAUCAAGGUUGAGGACUCGAGCAGACACUACUGUCCAAUCCACCUCACGAUGCCAAACCUGCCUGCAUUCAACCUGACGACAGUGGCUCCCUACAGUCCCUUCUGUGUCGAGGAGAAAGAUCCUUCUGGAAUCAAACAGCUGGGACACGGAGGAGGGAAAGCUUCAGGCGCCGAGGAGAAAGGUCACGGCCGGAAGAAGAACCGAGAGAAGAAGCGAGGCGGUUACUGCGAGUGCUGCAUGGUCAAAUACGACCAACUCAAGAUGCAUCUGCAGAGUGAACGUCACAAGGCUUUCUCCAGGAGCGAUGAGUACUUGGUUGUGGACCGUCUGGUUUCGACUUUGCACUUUAAUUUCCUUCCCAUCAAAACUAAAGCCACGAGACCCAAGUGCAGUGUUUCCUCUGUUCUGUUGGCUCCUGGACCGUGUGGGGAAGCUGUCCCAAAUAUCCAAGGGGAUGCUAGUCACUCCAAGACCAUUAAGGCAGAGGAAGAUCGGAUCGUUGCUGCGUCUGAAGGAUCGUAUUCGGGACAACAUUUUUGUGCAAAGCGAGACCGAAGGAACUGCUACACUUACUCAGGCAGGUCCAAGCACAGGUUUCUUGCCUGCAAACAGACUAUUAGGCAGAACCUUUCCACUCAAAAAUCCGAGCAGAUCACGAGUCCUCAACUGAAGUCAGAAAACCCUCACUCUGAUGAGGAAGUUCUCGCCACAUUUCCUUCCAGAGACAACCGGGUCAGUUUGGUUGACAAAAUUCCUCACAAAGACACAAACAGCUCAGUCUCUUACAUACUAGGUACAAACCUGCAAAGUGAACCAUCAGCUAGCAACUUCAGUGUUGUGACACACGGGCCUGAAGAUAUGAACAAGGAUGCUGUUCUGCCUGAGGCUGUCCAGGAGGCCAAAAUAUUUUCAGAAACUGAAAAUAAUCUCUCUGAAAAUGAAGAAGAAACCCCUCAUAUGCCCAUUUUCUCUACAGUGCAAAACAUUCAGCGGAAGAUCAAAGUUUAUAAGCGCAAAAGACGGAAAGUGGACACAAACACAGAGCCAGAACCUGAGAACUCUAUGUUGAAGCUUUGGGAGGUUUUCCAGUCAAGUGACGACACGGAUGUGGAGUUUCAUGGCUUUACAGACUAGAUGAAGUUGAAAACUAAAGGGAGCAGUGAGAUAGAACAAUUACUUUAACCCAUUCAGACAUGAUGCGCAGUUUAGAGAAGGAUGCUAAUCCAUAAGAAGACCUGACAAGUUUAUUUUAAUGCUUAGAUAAUAAAAAACUUCACAAUGUAACAUUUUAAAUUAUGAGUCUGUACGAACUAAAAAUAUGAAUUUAUGUCCGAAUGGGUUAAAAGCUUAAAAACCACUUCCACUUUUGUUGAGUAAAAAUAUUGUUUUUUCAAUUUUAUCAGAAAACCUCACCUUAUUUGUCAACUUUUACGUUUCAAUUCAGCCACGUUGGAGGUUGAAAACCUCACAAAAUAAAUAUUAGUCGGUAUGUGGCUAUAAAAUAUAUUUUGAAAAUGUUUUACAGUUUUAAUUUGUAAAUUAGUAUAAUUUAUUAAACAUGUUGGUUAUGAAUGUAACUUUAACCUGAACUGGAAAUUAAAGUGUUUUCAAAGCUAAA